UUGAUGGGUACUGGGCACUGCUUUCAACCUGAUUUGGUGGGCCCGAUCUACACCAACCUUACUUCUAUAAUGGGACCGAUUGUAUAUUAAAAUAAACAACUACAUCCCUCCUAUGCACACCUCCCGCGCCAAAAUGGUGAUCGGCGGCAUUGAAGAGAUCGAAGAUAUGAGCCCUAGAACGUGCGUUGUGCUCGGAGGACGGGGUUUCUUGGGGAGAUCGCUUGUGCUCAGACUGUUGCGACUUGGCAACUGGAUCGUCCGAGUCGCGGAUUCCGCUCCCUCCCUCCAACUCGAACCCACCGAAUCAAGAGACUCCCUACUCGCCGAUGCUCUCGCCUCGUCUCGCGCCUCCUAUCUCUGCGUCGAUGUUCGCGACAAAUCUCAACUCGUACAAGCUAUUGGAGGUUCAUCUGUUGUCUUUUUUAUGGAGGCCACUGGUUUACAGAGCCAGGAUCUUUAUUGUUCAUACAUGACUAUUGUUCAAGGUGCGAAAAAUGUCAUUGCUGCUUGCCACGAGUGCAGUAUUAGGAAGCUAAUUUACAACAGUUCUGCUGAUGUAGUUGUUGACGGCUUGCUUGAUAUAUUGAAUGGAGAUGAAUCCUUGACAUGCCAUUGGAAAUUUGACGACAUGUUGACUGACCUAAAGGCUCAGGCAGAAGGAUUGGUUCUGUUUGCUAACAAUAUAGAUGGUCUUUUAACGUGUGCACUUCGUCCUACCAAUGUCUUUGGACCUGGAGACCCACAGCUUGUGCCGUUCCUACUGGAUUUGGCAAAAUCUGGUUGGGCAAAGUUCAUCAUAGGAACUGGUGAAAAUAUUUCUGACUUCACCUAUGCCGAGAAUGUUUCUCAUGCUCUAAUCUGUGCAGCAGAAGCUCUUGAUUCUCGCAUGGUGUCUGUGGCUGGAAAGGCUUUCUUCAUCACUAACCUUGAACCGAUAAAAUUUUGGGAGUUUGUAUCCCUCAUAUUGGAAGGCUUGGGAUAUCAGAGACCAUUUAUAAAGCUUCCUGCCGGGAUUGUCUGGUAUAUUUUCUUGCUCGUCAGAUGGAUGCAUGGAAAGUUGGGCUUGAGGAGACAUGAUCUUUCUAUGGUGAAUCAAUUCAUUCAGUUAGCUUCUCAUACCAGAACUUUCAACUGUGCUGCUGCUCAAAAUUUCAUUGGAUACUCACCAGUUGUUACCUUGAAUGAAGGUAUAGUAGAUACCGUCAAAUCAUUUUCUCAAAUUGUCAAGAGUUCACCUCUUGCGAGAUAUGGUGACUUUGGUGAACAAUCGAAAGUGGAUAAGUUGCUGGGCAGUGGUAAAGUUGCAGAUAUUUUGCUAUGGAGAGAUGAGAAAAAAACAUUUGCAUAUUUCCUUGCCCUGUCUAUGCUCUAUUACUGGUUUUUCCUUUGUGGAAAAACAUUUACCUCAUCGGCAGCCCAGCUUCUGCUGCUACUUACAAUCAUCCUCUGCGCAUAUGGCCUGCUACCACUGAACAUGUAUGGCAUUCAGUGGAAGCCUAUUACGUCUUUUGAAAUUUCGGCAACAGUGGUGACAGAUUCAGUCAGAACCGUAACAUUUUUGUGGAAUAGAGGUGUCCGUCAUUUGAGGUUAUUGGCUCAAGGGGACGAUUGGAAUCACUUCUUCAAGAUUGCAGGUUCUCUCUAUUUGCUGAAGUUGAUUAUAUUGCAAUCCAUCACUUUGUUGGUUGGCAUAGCAUUGGUCUUUGCGUUUACCGCCUUCUUUGUCUACGAGCAAUACGAACCAGAAAUUGAUGGAUUAGCAAGGGCCCUCUUAAACAUUAUUAUGAACUCUAGGGGAUUGAUGACGAGGAAUCUUCCUGCUUCUGCAGGCUCUUAUCAAAACAUUGAAUAAGAAUGAAGGACUUGGUGUGACUGCGGAUAGGAAAUAGGAGAUGUGGUCCACAAAAACUUGUUUUUGUGUACAGUUAGCUCACUACACUUGUACCAAACCACAGAUAUGAUUUGAUAUCCCGGCAAAUGGAAGAGAUACCAGGUAUGGUACUCUGUCUUCUUUCACGUUUAAGGGGGACUGACAGUAGUAGGCAAUAGAUAUCCAUGUCUGUUUACACAAACUGUAACACAGGUGAAGUUUAUUUGGACAUAUUGUUUGAAGUUGAAUCACAGAAGGCUAGCAUGAGGAUAUAACCUCCUUUUUUAUUCCUUUUCUGUUUUCAAAGGGAAUUUAUUUUGUAAUUACAACUGUAUGUUAGAAAUGAACUUGGAGUGUCUAACACAGCUA